AUGUCAGAUGUAGAAGAGGAGUGCACGGAGCUGGCAGAGGAGGCUGAAGAGGAGCAGGAGGCCGAGCCUGAGCAAGAGGAGGAGACGGAGCAGGAAGAGGAGGAUGGAGAAGCCAUGUCAGAUGUAGAAGAGGAGUGCACGGAGCUGGCAGAGGAGGCUGAAGAGGAGCAGGAGGCCGAGCCUGAGCAAGAGGAGGAGACGGAGCAGGAAGAGGAGGAUGGAGAAGAUCAAGAUGCCCAGGAGGAAGAGGAGGAGCGCCCCAAACCCAAACCUCUGGUGCCUCAACUGGCCCCUCCAAAAAUUCCGGAGGGGGACAGAGUCGAUUUUGAUGACAUCCACAGAAAGCGUAUGGAAAAGGACUUACUGGAGCUGCAUACUCUGAUUGAUGUCCACUUCGAGCAGAGGAAGAAGGAUGAGGAAGAACUUAUUGGCCUCAAGGAACGAAUUGAGCGUCGUCGGUCAGAGAGAGCUGAGAUCCAGAGGGUUAGAGCAGAGAAGGAGAAGGACAGACAGAACAGGAUUGCGGAGGAGCGUCACCGGAAAGAGGAAGAGGAAGCCAAAAAGAAGGCUGAUGACGACGCUAAGAAAAAGAAAGUGCUCUCUGGCAUGGGAGCAAACUUUGGAGGCUUCCUGGCCAAGGCUGAGUCGAGGAGGGGCAAGCGUCUAACAGGCAAAGAGAUCAAGAAGAAGACCCUGGCUGAGAGACGGCAGCCGCUAGGCAUCGACAACUUGAGGGAGGAUGCACUCAAGCAACGAGCCCAGGAGAUGUGGAACUGGAUCUACCAGCUGGAGUCUGAGAAGUUUGACUACAUAGAGUACAUGAAGCACCAGAAAUAUGAGAUCAUCGUGCUGCUGAACAGAAUCCAACAUGCUCAGAAAUUUAAAAAGGUUCAUGGCAAAGGGAAGGUUGGUGGUCGCUGGAAGUAAACAGGGAAAAAAACAAAAAACAAAACAAAACACCAUUGAUGACAAAAAAGGGAGACCGGAUAGGAAUGGAUGAAUCCCACAUUUCCGCUCCACUUUAUUCUAGUUCCUGUGUAUGAAAUAUGUUGAUUUCAUGAUAGGAUGUGUUGAUAAUAAAAAAGACAUGGACUCA